AUGGAAUUUGACCCUGUGUUAACGUGGGACCGGCUUGCCGAAUCUUGGGAUGCAGCGAUGGGAACUGAAGGCAACGAUUACUUCACCGUUAUCGAACUCCCCGCCUUAGAGCGUAUGGUGCAGCCGAAACCUGGUGAUCGUGCUUUGGAUCUCGCGACUGGAAACGGCCUUGUAGCUCACUGGUUAGCUCAGAAAGGCGCCAGCGUCCUCGCGACGGAUGGAAGCCCAGCUAUGAUCGUACACGCCCAAGCCCGACAGGCAAUGAGGUUCAAGGGCAUUGAAGUAGAGUCUUUGGUAGCAUACGGAGUUCUUGAUGUGACAAAUCCGCUACACUUCGAAGAGCUUAUCUCGUCAGAUAGGGGGGGGCCCUUUGAUAUCAUUACCAUGAAUAUGGCAAUCAUGGACGUCUCUACCUUGGAGCAUCUUGCCAAUGCAUUGCCUAGGCUUCUGAAAAACGGUGGCGGCCGCUUUGUUGCAACAUUGCUGCAUCCUCUCUUCACCUGUGGAGUAACGAGAUCAGUUGAAUAUAGCGACAACCCCAAAUCGGGCCGAGAGGAAGCUGUUUAUACCUUGAAGAUGAGCAAGUAUCUGCACGUACCGCCCUCAAAGGGCGUUGCAACCCAGUCCCAGCCUCAUUCCCAGCUAUAUUUCCACCGUCCAAUCCACGAACUAUUCUCUCCCUUUUUCCGAGCAGGCUUGAUCCUCGAUGCUCUAGAAGAGCCUAACUUUGACGAGGCAUAUACCAAAGCAAACGACUUGAAGCUAGGAUCACUCCGUCAGUUCACACAGUUUCCAAAGCUGUUGGCUUUCAGAUUAAAACGUGCCUGA